AGACGGCCGAGUGACCGGCAGGAGGAGGAGAAGGCAGCGUCUGGGGGAACUUGUGCGUCUGUCUUCUUGCAACCUGAUUGACUAACUCCACACCAACGCCCAUAAAGCCCAGAGAUCCAGGAAAUGAGCCGAGGGUUUAAUAGAGGAGCCUCCGUCUCCCGUUAAGUUUUACCGGUUCAGUCGCCCCGGCGCCGUGGUCGUGAUUUUGGUUUCGUCUGAUGUGCAUCGCCACCCGUUCAAGUUAGCUGCUGUUCCCGUUGACCGUCCGGACCGACCCACGUCUCGUUUUUGACCGAUUAACUCUCGUUCACCUGAAAAAUGGCAACUCAGAUCGAUAAAGAAGCGUGCCGAGAGGCUUACAACGACGUGAGAGACGAUGCCACGGAGACCAGCUGGGCUGCGUUCGUGUAUGAGGGCUCCAUGAUCGUGCCAGCAGCAACGGGGACUGAUUAUGAGGAGUUCAAGAAGCUGUGCAAAGACGACACGCGUCUGUUCGGCUUCGUCCGGUUUACAACAGGCGACGCCAUGAGCAAACGGGCCAAGUUCACCUUCCUCACCUGGAUAGGCGAAGACAUCACCGGGCUGCAGCGGGCCAAGAUCAGCACCGACAAGACUCUAGUCAAAGACGUGGUGCAGAACUUUGCCAAGGAGUUUGUGAUCAGCGACUCACGCGAACUGGACCAAGAGUUCCUCUGCAAGGAGCUGAGGAAGGCGGGAGGAGCCAACUACGACGCUCAGGCCGAGUAGAGCAGUACGGUCCACUGGAAGCAGCCGGGUUGAGGGAUUGGGGUUUACCGGGGGGGUGGGGGGGGGUGUUGGGGCUGGGCUCUUUGGGAGAGGGUGAGGUGGAAUGGGAGAGGACACAGAUGACUCCAAGAUUAGCCCUUUUAUCUGCUAAUUGGCAUUUUAAUGAAUCCCAAGCAGUUGUGUUCUUUACCGUUGACUUUAGCUUUGAAACUGUUGGUGCACACUUACAAAUGGGUGCUUGUAUACUUGCGUUUAAAGUGUUUGUAAUUAAAGCUGCGUGCAGUCUCAUCCUUAGACCCGAAGGAUGUCCCCGACGUGGACAGUAGGAGGCUGAAUGUGGUUUUGUGUAGGAUGUUAAAGGGCUGUUUGAUGACUAAACCACAGUCUGCAGGAACUGAAACGUCUUCCUCCAGAUCUUCACAUUUUGCACUCAUUCAAGGACUCAGGAAACGACAAGUUAAAGGAAUAGUUUAGGAAGCAUAAGAGAAGAUUGGAAGUCUUAUUUUUGCAGAAAUACUGGAACCAAAUGAAAACUGCUCAUCUGGAUCCUCUGCUGUUAGUUUACAUGAUUAAAACUCGUGUCUCUUAUGUGUUUUUGAACCGUUAAGUUACUCCUUUAAGGUUCAGACCUGACUGAAUACGCACAUACGUGAUUGUUAGCACACACAAACAAGUAAAGCGUCUAUAUAAGCACCUUAACCGACCGUCUCCUGCCCAUUCCCACCCUCCACCCUCUCCCCGGUCGGUUGGUCCUCUACUGUGCUGUGAAUCAUCAUCUCCUCUCAUCCUCGUCUCAGCAGAGCAAAUUAACGUCGCCUUCCAAGGCUGCAGCACUGUUUGUCAAGGCUAACUGAUGCGGUGAGAUUGUGGGGAAAACUGAAGGGUUUCGCUUCUAAAGUCAAGCUAGAAAACUGGAUCAUGUUGUUUUGAAAUGACACCAGAAACGCGCUGUUAGUCAAGAUACACUGUACCUCUGGGUGGGAAGGAUCUCCAUUCGUCUGUGAUGUCAGAAAAACGAGUCACUCUGCAGCUCGUUCAGCCGCCUCGUCAUCUGUAGCCGGGCAGCUGCGUUUGGAGUCCUUUCCUGUUCCUGGCUUCUCUUUUCUCUCCGAGAUUUUAACGUUUGCAGCUUCUAAACAUGAAGAUGGUCGCUGGUUUUCAGUCACAGAAAGAUGCAUUUGAUAUCAAACCUGUAGCAGUUAAAUUUUUUGCCUGAAAACUUGAGAGAAUGGAGAUCUUUCCUUCUAGUGCUUCAUCUCGCGAUCAUGCACGUGCACACUGGGACCUACUGUGUUUGACUGCCUUAGUCUCCCAUGGAGAGAGGGGCAUCAUGGGAGCUUGUGGACACUACACUGUGACUGGUUGUCCUCCUUGACGUGGCACAGGAUGUGAGCUCGGGCUCAUAAUUCCAACCUGGGAGGAGACGGUUCUCGGUCGUAGCAUUCCUGUUUUCUUUUUUAGGUCCGACCCUCCCGUCCCCGAGGGAAAAUAAUAAAAUAAUUACUGUUCUUGUUCAUUUUGCCUUUUUUCUCUCGCAAGUUGUGUCUGAUCUGAUAUUUUUCUCUCAAGCGAUUAAAAACAUGAAAAUAAAGGAAAGAACACAGAAUGUACACACGAGUCAUUUCAAAAUAAAAUUGAUGUUUUUCCAAAA